AUGCCCUGCCUAUACGGUAUGUGUGUCCCUUGUGAACUCAGGGAGGCGCUCGCAGCAAAGGACGCAGCAGAGGCACUCCCCGAGUUCGAGAUGGUGGACUCGCUCAUCCGCCAGGUGGCUGAGCAUCUGGGUCGUUCUGGCCCUUGGCAUCAGCGGUUCGCCACGCUUCAGGAGGUUUUCACCGCCACGAACCUGGAGCUCCAAGGGAUUCACCAAGUCAGGUGGCUCUCCAGGGGUGACGCCGUGUUGCGCGCGGUAGAGGUGUUGCCCGCGCUCAUAGUCAUGUUGUAUGAGUGGGACAGCACUCUGUACGAGCUCGCCACCAGCUACAGGUUUCACUUCCUCCUGUAUUUCCUUGCAGACGUGCUCGAGCAGCUCAACGUGUUGAACAGGGCAUUCCAGCAGCGCGAGAUCAGGAGAACCAUGUCGUUCCUCGAGUCCCGCUAUGUCGACUGUGGUGACGACUUCGGAGGCGGGAUGAGCGCGCGCCUCUCCCCGUUCAUCAAGAAGCACGGCCCUGAGGGGGGCCGCCCCGAGGUGAAGGUGCAGGGAGUGGACUCGGACGGACGGCCGACUACACACACCUUCGAGCUGCACGAGAACCCAAGUGAAGAUUACCCCACCCUCGGCUCUCACGACGCAUGCGUUGAUCUCUGCACCACCUUCGCCGAGACGCUCGUGCAAAACCUCAGCAAGCGGUUCAAGGACCUGGACUCCCUGGUGGGAGUGCGGCUCUUCAUGCCAGACGAGUGGGAGCAUGGGAGAGCGGAGCGCCACAAGCAAUGCCUCGAGUGGCUCAACUCACUCGUGACACUCUUCAGGGCAGAGGAGACGGACUACAUCAUUCCAGGUAUCGACAAGAGGCGGGCGAUGAAAGAACUGCGUGCCUUCUGCCCCAUCCUCGCAGCCCGACUACGAGGAGAUGGUGUGCGCAGCUACAAGAAGCGGCGCCCAUUUGGCAAUGUGGCAGAAGCUCCAGCAAGAGAGGGGGAGGGCAGUGGCAACGGCAAGGGAAAGGAGGCAAAUGAGGAGGAGGAGGAGGAGCUGGAAGAAGCACUGGCUAACUGCAGUGAUGAUGACACUGACUGA